AUGCUAUAUCAUCAUUUUAUAUUAAAUUGGCUCCAAUUUCUCUUCCAUUUUCACUAAUAUAAAUUACUCUAUUCAAUAUACAUUAUCAUAUCCCGUCAAGAAAGUUCAAAAACCCAUAAAAAAUUCGAACUUUUUAUCAAAGCCAAAGAUCUUUCUACCCCUACAACUGUAAGCCCAGUCUGCAAGCUUCAAUGAAAAGUGGAGGAUGGGAACUGAAUUGACUUAAAUUCCACAGAAAUUGUCACAGCCUCCACCAAUCCUCAAUGGAAACAAACAAUGAUUAUUGAUCAUUAUUUUGAAAGCAAUAUCAUCCUGCUCUUUUCUAUUUACAGUGGCCUCGAUUUAAUUGGAAGUGUGGAAUGCUCCACAAGUAAUUUAAUCGCAAGACAGCCGUUUAUUUCACAUAUUUUUAGAGGGGCAAUAAAAGAAAUCACAGGAACUAUCAUUAUAAAAGCUGAAGAAGUAAGGGAUAUAGAAACUAAACUAGCUUUAGCCUUUAAAGGACACCAUUUUGAUGGGCUAGAUCUAGGAGGGAAAAGUGACCCUUAUUUCAAGCUUUAUAAGUCAUUACAAGAUGGAACUUGGCUGGAGUGCUAUAAAAGUGAAACUGUUUAUAAAACAAUAGAUCCUGAGUGGCCUCCUUUUGAAAUUAAUUUACAUAAACUGUGUAAUAGUGAUUCUGAGAGACUUAUAAAGAUUGAAUGCUAUGAUUGAGACAGAUGCACAGCUGAUGAUUAUAUCGGCCAAGCCACCAUUACAUUGAGAGAUCUCUUAAACAUAGGCACGCAAUUCCCACUGAUAAACCAUAAAAAAGAAACCCAAGAUGGUUACUUGAAUUCUGGAGUAAUAGAAGUCACUCAUUCUGAGCUCAUCAGAGACUUCUCAUAUAUGGACUACUUGCAGAAUGGCACCUCAAUUAAGCUGAUGGUCGCAAUAGAUUUCACAUCUUCUAAUGGAGACCAUGCAGACCCUCAUUCAUUACAUUAUUCCAACUCAAGCAUACAAAAUGAGUAUCAGCGGGCAAUAGAAGCCAUUUCUAGAGUCCUUGAAGUGUAUGAUGAAGAAAAACAGUUCUCUGUAUAUGGUUUUGGAGGGCGGCCUAAUUGAACUCGAGAUGUAAACCAUUGUUUUGCGCUGACUAGAAAUGAUGCAAAUCCAUAUGUUGCAGGAAUUGAGCAGAUUAUUGAUAUAUAUCUAAAAGAACUCCCAAAUAUUGAGCUAGCUGGACCGACUUAUUUUAGGCAUGUUAUAGAAAUGGCUACUGCAAAAGCGAGAGAAAAAAUUGAUGGGUCAGUUUAUAAUGUCCUGCUAAUACUCACAGAUGGGGAUAUUGAUGAUUUUCCGGCGACGAGAUCAUUGGUGGUGGAGGCUUCAAGACUUCCUAUAAGUAUUAUUAUUGUGGGAGUUGGAGGAGAAUGCUUUUCUAAUAUGCUUACUCCCCCUGCUCCGUGAGUGAACAAAAAAAUUUGUUCGUUCACGGAGGGGGAUUAGGAAAUUAAAAAAAUCCCACUUCUCGAAAAUUGGAAGGCAAAUAUUAAUUUAAUUGAAAAAUUUAUGUUUCAAAACGCAAUUUGCUUAAAACUAAACAGAAUUAGCAAAAGAUUUCAUGAUAAUAAUUAUCAUUUAUAUAUCAAAAUUUUUCCAAUAAAAUUUUUCUAUUAAAAAAAUUUUUGUUCGCUCACGGAGGUGGGUUUUUGGGCAAAAAAUAGCGAUUUUUCUAAUGGUUUUGUUCGCUCACGAAGGUGGGAGUUAGGCUAGAUUCUGAUAGUGGAACUUUAAAAGACCGAAACCAAAAUGAAGCUGUUAGAGAUAUUGUGCAGUUUGUCCCGUUUAGACAAUUUAGCAGUUCGUAUGAAACUUUCCAGCAUAAGAUCUUAGAAGAGAUACCAUCGCAAAUAGAAUCUUACAUGAGACUUGCUAAUAUUACACCACUUACUCCCCCCCCUCGAAGUUCGACCAAGAUUUUUUUGGUCGAACUUCGAGGGGGUUAAGAAAAAAAUUUUUAAAAAAAAAAUUAUAUAGAAUUUUUUUUAUAUAAUUUAGUAGUUAAAAAAAAAAAAUUUAUCAUAUUCUUCUGUAUGGUUGAGAGGGUGUAAGGGUUAGAAAAAAUAGUGCAAAAUGGUUUUCUAACGCUUUUUUAGAACUUGAAUACAAAAAUCGCAAGCUCACACCCACAUAGUUUAAAAUUUUUGAAAAAUUGCUUAUUUUCCUAGUAAAUUUAUAUAGGUCUUGGUCGAACUUAGAGGGGAGUUAAUUUUCCAAAAAAAUAGGAAUUUUCCCUAUAUCUUAGUCGAAACUUCGAGGGGGGGGGGAGUUAGGGCUCAAAAUCCAUUUGAAUUCUAG